UUUCCCCGAUGCCGUGCCCUCCACUUUGCUUUUGUUUUUAGGUCCAGAUCUGAUUCCACGCCACACGUUUCUGAAACCCUUUUAUUCGUUUUUACGUGUUCUCUCGGUUUUCCCCUCUCUGUUCAAGGUUUUUCCUUCUCAUGUUGAUUUUACUGUUGAAAGGGCUUCUGCGUGGGAUUUCCACUUGAUUUGAUGAGCUAAACCGAUGUUACGGAGUAGAUCUUUUACCAUCUUUUGUUUUGGUGAAUUUUGGCUUUUUUGAUCGUUUUACGGUGGAUUUGUUCUUGGUCCACGCUACUUGUUUGUCUGUAUCUUGGAAGUGAGAGCAAGGCUAGGAUUGUUUUACUUGGAAAGGAGAAGCGUUUUAGAAGAUAUAAAUGCCUACCGAUGGUUAAUUCAGUGCCAGAUUUUUUUAGCCUACUUCAAUAUAUUUUGUUGAGGAUUUGCUAUUGAAUCGUAAUAACUGAAGUUUAAAAAGAAGGGUUUUGACUUGUGAGCUUUUUAGCAGACUGACUACUUUGGAAUCAUGCCUGUUUCAGGACAUGAAGAGACCGGGGUAAAGUCCUAUGCUGGGCAAUUUAGUGGUUUAAUUGCAGGUGUGCCUAUCAAGAAAAGGAGGUUCCCUACGUUUCAGCCUUCUUCUUCUCCUGUGUCUGGGGAACCAUGUUCUCUCACUGAAGAAACCGAGUUACAGCGUAAAGAAAAUUCAAUCACUUCUCAAGGAUCAGCUUUACCAAAUGCUGCAGGUGCACCAAUCAAGAAAAGAAGGUUCCCGUGUCUUCCGCCUUCUUUGGAAGAGGCUUCACGUUCAGAAGAAAGUGAUGCAUUGCGAAAGGAACAUUCAAGCACAUCACCGGGUUCAACUCUUUCUCCCAGUUCUUCUGGUCUAUCUGAUGCUAAUGGAAUCUCUGCGUUUGAAGAUAAGAAAGCAAGUAUUGAUGUUACCAAUGCUAACAUGGUGCAAAGAAACUCCUGCUUCCUUACACCCAAACUUGAGCAAUCAAAUGUCGGAACUCAAUCAUGUACUUUAGAUGUCAUGGAUAGCAAAGAGAAGGUGAUACUCAGUGAAGGUAGCAAUAAAAAAUUGGAAUCCCAAACUAUCAAGGGGAAUCCUGAACUCUUAUUGGCUGCAAAGGAAGGUCUUGCUCUUAGCAUUGGAGCUGAUGUAACCAAACAAAAUGUCCAAGAUAUUUGUAAACAAGAGACUCCUUUAGUUUCAGGAAAUACUAGUUUAUCUUUAAGCUUAAAGGAGCACCUCUUUCCGGCUGUUACAAGUAUGGAGAACAAUCCUCAAAAAAUAGAGAAAGCACAACCUGUUUCAUUGGAAUUGUCUUUAAGCAAAGAAGACUGCAGUACUCACAGUUUAAAUACUGAUCCUAAAACUGAUAGUGACACAACUCGUGUUCAUUCUAACAGGGCAAACUGGGAUCUGAAUACUACAAUGGAUGCGUGGGAAGAAUCUGGGACCGAAGCUGGCUCGGUUAAAACAAGUAUUGAUGGGCUGAAAAUUUCUGAUAGUUCACUUGAUGAAAAGCAGUUAGUGUGCUCUCCAGGGAUGACAUCGCCAGCAAGUGUUGUGUCUGUAAAGCCAAUGUGUGAAGAGAGUCAGAAAAAAACUUUCACUUUUCCAUCUGGACUCUGUGGACCGCAGUUUAAAUUUGUUGACUCAAGUAAUCUAUCUCUUGCACCAUUUAUUCAGAAAUAUACCGAGGAGCCCUCUAGAUUAUCUGUUAAGCUGAAUUCUGGUAGUGCUAUUCCCAAUGUGAGCUUGUCAAGUGUGGCUUCAACCGUGGAUGAUGCGAAUACUUCUAGUUUUAGGUUGGUAAAACCAGAACCAUUUGAUGAGAACUCAAAAAGGGAUUUGAAGGAUGUUAAUGCCUCUACUGUGGGUUCCUUAGAUAGUGUUACUGUUAAACAAGAACUUGUUCAGGCUUCCGCUGCCAACUCUUCAAAGUUGUCAAAUGUUAGCAAUCUAUUGAAAGUUGAUGCUGCCUCCGUUAAACAGGAACCAGAUCACAAGGGUAAUCAGGAAGGAUCCAAUGCUGCAGUGAGUAAAAUGGAUCAGUUGAAUAAAGAUUCGCGACAAGAAUUGGAUAAUUCUUCUCCUUCCAUGGCGAUGCCAGUUAUGCCUGAUACAACACAAAUUUCUGCCGAGCCAGCUUGUGCUCCAGUGAAACCUAUGUGUGCUGCAGAGUUAUCAACCAGUGAAAACACAGUAAGUCAGAUUGAAAAUUAUAGUCCUACAGAAGGAGUCAAUGUUGAGAAAGUUUGUGAUGGAGCUUGUUUAAAUGCUGAACAGGUUAUCAUAGAAACAGUUGCUAUGCCUAUGGUUGAUAAUGGUUUGGUGUUGAACAAUCCUGGUCUGCAAACUUCUUCUGUUAGUACUGAGGAAGAAAAUGCUGCUGAUCGCGAUGCUUGCAGAUUGAAACUCAUGAAUGAGCCUCCACCUGCUUCACGAGGCAAUGGUGAAGGCUGUGCAAGUGAUGAAGAAAAGAUAACCCUAUCUACUGAUAUGUUGGAGGAUGAUUCUUAUGAUUCUGAUUCCGAGUCAGACGAGAAUCAUGCUGUAACUAUUGCUGUGGAUACCGAGUGCUAUGUUGAAGAUGAUGAUUAUGAGGAUGGUGAGGUUCGAGAACCACUGGAUCCUUCCACAGCAGAAGACGUAUGUGAGGUAAGAGAAGUAGAGCAUCCUGAUAGUAACUUUGUAAAUAAACAGAUGGAGAAAGGAAUGGUAAGUGGUGAUUGUCCCACUUCAUAUCAGGUGGUGGAAAAGGACAAUAUGACUGCAAUUCAAAGUGAAAUAAAUAAUGAAGUUGUUGAUAUGGACAUUGAAAUGCAUGAGAGGUCUGGUAAGGUCGUUGAUAAAAAUGUGUGUGUGCAAGAGUCAUUGGAUGAUGAGAAGUGUAACAUUGCUACUCAUGGGAACAAACCAGUUAAUGUUUUGCAAAUGAAAGCAUUAGAUCUUUUAGAAGGAAAAAAUGUCUGUGAAGCUCGGGUGACAGAAUCACCUUCCAAUCAAGCCACUAAUGGAAGCCUUGGGGUUGAUGUUCAGUGUGCUGAUGAGGUUGUCAAAACAACUGACAUAGUUAAACAAACUGACUUAGAUUUUGAAACUAUGGAAGUGUCUGCAAAUGCUGAUGAUGCAGCCAAAGAUGUUAAUAAUGGUGGUAAUCUAGGGAGAAUUAUAGAUCUGUCUCGAGCUACAAGUUCUUCAUCCCCUGGUAAAACUAGGCCCAUGUCAGGCAGGUCACUGUCGUCUCGAGCUGGAAGAGAUGUAUUGUCUGACACACUUGAUGGGGAUAAAUUACACAGAGGAAGAGAUGAAGUUUACAUUGAUGGCCCUCACAAAUUUUCUAGAGAAAGACAUCAAGAUAUCUCCCCUAGAAAAACUAGAAUGAAUUUUGUUCGAGGUAGAGGAAGACUUAACAAUCGAUUAGAUUCAGUUCGAAAUGAUUGGGAAUCUGACCGUGAAUUUUCUGGUGAGUUUUAUAACGGACCAAGUCAGUUUCGGGGGCCCAGGCCUAAAUAUGCAUCUGCUUUUGCCGAUACUGAUAUGGAGUACAAUAACGUUGCACCUGAUGGGUCAUAUGUUGGUAAUGGUCGAUUAGGCAGAAAGCCAUUGAAUGAUGGGUCUUACAUUGCACCAAGGAGGCGUUCAUCAGGAGGAAGAGAUGGCAUCCAAAUUGGUCAUAGAAAUCCAAGAAACAUUAGUCCAAAUAGAUGUAUUGGAGAUGGCUCGGACUUGGUUGGAGUGAGGCAUAAUGAAAAAUUUAUGAGAAGCUUGCCUGAGGAUAACAUGGAUGCUAUGUUCACACGGCCCCAAACAUUUGAGGGAAUGGAUGGCCGGUUUACAAGAGGGAGUAGGAAUUUUUCUUCAAUGCAGAGAAGGGGUCCUCCUCGAAUUCGUUCCAAGUCACCCAUCAGAUCUAGGAGUCGCUCACCCGGUCCAUGGUCAUCUCCAAGAAGAAGGUCUCCUAGAAGAAGAUCCCCUGAUGGUUUUGGUGGACAUCCAGAAUUAACCCAUAGAAGAUCACCAUUUUACAGGGUUGACAGAAUGAGGUCACCUGAUCGUCCUGUUUUCCCUGCGGAGAGAGUGGUGAGGAGGCAUGGCUCCCCCUCUUUUAUGUCAAGACCUUCUAAUGAUAUGAGGGACAUGGAUUCUGCAAGGGACCAUGGCCAUCCGAGGUCUGGUCGAAUUUUAAUCAGAAAUAGGAGGUUUGAUGUUGUAGAUCCUCGGGACCGUGUGGAUAAUGAUGAUGAAUACUUUGGGGGCCCCAUGCAUUCUGGUAGGUUACUUGAGCUUAGUGGUGAAGGAAAUGGUGAGGAUAGGAGAAGGUUUGGUGAGAGACGAGGACCAGUGCGUUCUUUCAGGCCUCCCUAUAAUAAUAACAAUGUUGGUGAGAGUUUUCACCUUAAUGCUGAAGACGGACCUAGACAUUACCGAUUCUGUUCAGAUGAUUCAGAUUUUCAUGAAAGAGGAGGCAACAACUUAAGGGAAAGGGACUUUGAAAGAAGAAUCAAGGGCCGGCCAGCUAAUGUGCCACCUAGAAGAACAAGAAAUAUGGAUGAGCAAGAAGAGAAUUUCAGGCAUGGUGGUGGUGGUGGUGGUGGUGGUGGACAGGUUUGGAGUGAUGACAGUUUAGAUGAUAUAUCACGGGUGAAGAGGAAAAGAUUUUGAUUUCCCCCCUAAUCUUAUCUAUAUAUAAAGCCUCCUUCGGAAUGUUGGAGGAUUAUGGAAUUUAUGUUUGCAGGUUUUUCACCUACAGAAUUAGAUUAGAUUUAUAAUAAUAUUAGUGCUCCUUUUCCUUACUACCUAGCUUUAGUUUUUAAGCCCAUUGAAGCAAUGAUUGUAAAAGCACGCAUCAUCAAGUAGGGGAAGAAGUAAUUGUGAAAUGAAGGUUGCUGAACGAAUAAAAGUUUAGUUGGGACCUCUGGCACCGAAUGAUGGAGGGCAAUGUGCAUGCGAGGGAAGCAAAUGGCAUUUUCGUUUUUAAUAAUUUACUGGAACGAAGUUAUUGGUUCUUUGGACUUUCCUUUUCCUACCAGCAACGGAUUAUUCAGUCCUGCUAAAAUAAUACUAUAUACGUAGA